AUGUUUAAAGACACCCUAUAUGCAUAUAACGUCAAGUACGACGGCCAGACAACACUUGCAUUUGGCGCAUUUCGCGGCAACGAAGCGGUGCUCGAAAGGACGCUGGCCCGUGGCGAUAUAGAAAUCAUAAGAGACUCCCCAUCAUCUCCGGUUCUCGGGUUUUGCGGAACCUUCGUGGCCGAGCGAACGGACGAUGAAGAGAAAUUGACAAAGCGUUGGCGACGGUUGAAAAGCGUUGCGCCACUUGCGACGGCGCCGCGGCGAGUAUUGAGUUGGCCGUCAGGGUGGAUUCGCAGAUUAGAGAUUUGCCACGAGCCGAUAUACUGGGCAGCUCAGAGUGGUGACAUCGCGGUGAUUGACUACUUCCGCGGUCUAGACGCCAACCUAGCCACUCAAUGUCAGAGACCUGGCUGCAAUGCGUCGCUUCUCGGACAAGCUGCCAAGAACGGACAGGCGGAUGCCAUGAAACAUCUUGUCGCAUUGGGCCUUCUUAUCGACUGUCGGGAGGAGACAAAAGACUCAAGAGGAGGACGCGACAGGACAUAUGUGAUGCCUGUUCGGUUGGCGGCCAUAAACAAUCAAAGACUUUGCAUUUCGUACAUUCUCGAUGCCUGGGAGAAUAAUCAAAUGCGCUUCGAGGGCAAGGAAUAUGUGCAUAACAUUGCGCUAAUCGCGACUGGGAUUGUGCGUCCACCUCUAGCGGUGGAGCAUGACACCAUACAUUGUGCCCUGUUCCUUUUAUAG